AUGGGGAGGAAUACUCCAUGCGAGUCCAACUCUUGUUUGUGGAAAUUCCCAAGACAGAAAAUCUUGAGAGAAGAUAUGUGUCGAGCGUGUAAGAAGCUGGAUGGGAAAACUCAGUUUCACUUGGCCAGUCACAAUAUUGCACACAAAGGUGUCUGCCACGUUUUGCACCCACACCUUCGGCAAGCGACCAAGGAGGAUCCAUCCAAUCCAAGUGAGAACCGUCACCAAAAGCGAAAUCGUACCUGGACGGAUCGGUACGAAGCUUUUCCGUCGAAAGGAGCACACCAAAUGAUGUGCAAUCGACCUGAUGCUGCUCGCAAGAGAAGCAGAUUGAGAGAGCAAACUCGGCCUCGAGCCAAGGAUUUCUUUCAAAGAGUUAGAGGAGAAACAUCACGGGAGGAACGCCGAAGAAGCUAUCUCAAGGAACUCACUCGGCAAGACAGUCUGGUUGUUCCAAGAAAUGGAACAUCCAAAUCUUCAAAAUCCAAACAUCUGAAAACAGGAUUAAAUUCGUCAAUUGCUGCACUGGACAUUGCAUAUGGAAAAACUCCAGAAUCAACUCCCGACAGACGCCGAAAAGCCGAGUAUGUCGUGGCAGUCUGCAACAAGCAUGCUGAGGUAGGUCAGAAACAGUUACGCGAGAUUGAAGAAUAUGAAAGAAGGAAGAAGCGACGCCGUCUUAAAGAAGGAGCAGCUUCGAAUGAAACAUCAACACCGAAACCAAAGGAGAGUCCACUUACUCUACAUCCAGAUCUUCCCGUAACGCCUCCUAAUACCACCCCGCAAGAAACGACAGAAAAUGGCACCGUAGUCAAAGUGAGACGAUUGCAAGACUUUGGAUCUGUCUCUCAAAACGUCUCAAGCAGGGCCUCCAACAACAAGAAGCGAACCCAAUCAAAAGACGAAAAAGCAGCAAAGAAAAGGGCUGUAAGAGUGAACGCCAUCAAAGAAGCUUUGGGACAAAUCGGAAUGCAACUUAUCCAGAAGCUCAAAAAGGAAAAGCCAAGUGCCCGAAGACCUUACCUAUUGGCUCUCAUGGGCUGCGAAGGGACAUACGGUGCCUUUACAAAACAAGAUGUUCAGGAAGCAAUUGGAAUCAACAUUACUGCCGACGAGUGGACAAACAUCAAGAUUCAUGCCAAGUGGCCAGUGUUAGAAUAA